AUGGAAAGAAAGAAGGUUUUGUGGGGUGUUUUAUUGUUUGGUUUUGUUGUUGGAAUGGGCGAGAGUUUUGAUUUCAAGGAGAAGGAGCUAGAAUCGGAGCAAGGGUUGUGGGAUUUGUACGAGAGAUGGAGAAGCCACCACACGGUUUCACGAAGCCUGGGUGAGAAGCAUAAGCGCUUCAACGUGUUCAAAGCCAACGUGAUUAAUGUCCACAAUGCGAAUAAAAUGGAUAAGCCUUACAAGCUGAAGUUGAACAAGUUUGCUGACAUGACCAACCAUGAAUUCACGACCAUCUAUGCUAACUCCAAGGUCAGUCAUCAUAGAAUGUUCCGAGACAUGUCACGUGGAAAUGGUACUUUCAUGUACGAGAACGUUGACAGGGUUCCUGCUUCGGUGGAUUGGAGGAAUAGAGGUGCUGUCACUGAUGUAAAAAAUCAAGGCCAAUGUGGUAGUUGUUGGGCCUUUUCAACGAUUGCAGCUGUUGAAGGUAUUAACCAGAUCAAGACAGGUAAGCUGGUAUCCUUGUCUGAGCAAGAACUUGUAGAUUGUGACACUCAGAAUUAUGGAUGCAAUGGUGGGUUCAUGGAAUGGGCAUUCGAUUAUAUCAAACGAUAUGGUAUAACUACAGAAAAUAAUUACCCUUACGUAGCAAGAGAUGGAACUUGUGAUACAUCAAAGGUGCAGCAACCUGCAGUGUCAAUUGAUGGCUAUGAAAGUGUCCCUCGGAACAAUGAAGCUGCAUUGAUCAAUGUUGUUGCCAAUCAACCUGUGUCAGUAGCCAUUGAUGCCGGUGGAUAUGACUUCCAGUUUUAUUCAGAGGGAGUAUUUACGGGAUUGUGUGGCACUGAGCUGAAUCAUGGGGUAGCAAUUGUGGGGUAUGGAACAACUCAAGAUGGAACCAAAUAUUGGAUAGUGAAGAAUUCGUGGGGAUCCGAAUGGGGAGAAAAUGGUUAUAUUAGAAUGCAAAGGGACGUAGAUCUCUGUGGCAUAGCAAUGGAGGCUUCCUAUCCAAUCAAGCGCGCGCGAGAUGGGCCGGAUCCCGGAGCUCCGCCGUCGCACACCAUGCCACUCCAGCCUCGUGUUCGUCAGCUCCGACCGCCGCGCCUUCGAAUGCCGCCACGACGCCAUUGCCGCUCGCGGAGAGACGGACCAAGAUGCCGGCGGCUGCCACGUUCUCCUGCUCAAUGCUCCAACCCGCCGGCGGCGUCGCCGCCGGCGAUAUCCACUCUUCUCCGUUUCUCUGUUUUGGUUUGAUUGGAUAUGACUGAUUGGGGAAGAUGAAGCGGGAAUAUUUGGCACUGGCAUUGGGGUUUCGGCUCUCUUUUUUUUUUUUAUUUUAUGCAGGUGUGCAAUGAAGAUGAUGGUGUAGGAAGAAGAAUGGAUUUGGAGUAUUAGACUGUUUUGUUUGGUGUGCCUGCAGGUUUGAAUGAAUUGGAGGCUAGUGUGGGCGUAUGAAUCUGAUGGUGAUGGGAAAAACGAGAAAGAAAAGUUUGUGUUGGAUGAAUGGAGGGAAACCGUGGCUGUGGGGUUCGGUUGGGAAGUGAAUGUGGAAGCUUAGAAGGUGAUAGAAUGGUGAAGGUGUCGGACUCUGAUUUUCUUUGCUUUUUUUUAGAUGGCAUAAACACAGUGUAAAUGGAGACCAAAACAUCACAACACAGGCGUAUGAAUCAAUCAAGCAAAAGAGCGCAGCAAAAGAGCGCAAUAGGAGGGCACAACAGAACAUCACAUUUGGGCGUUUAACCAUGCACACAAGUCACAUACAUUUGCAGUUUAUUUCACGACAACGAUACUUACCUCUUGAUGCUCCUUCACUCGUGCAACCCCUUUCUCUUUUCACUGUGGCUUUGAAUAUGAAUUGAUAUCAAUUGUGAAACUGUCUUUUUUUUCAA